CGAGUCGUCACCAGAUUCUCUGCAGGCAUUCGGUCAUGGAGAGGUUGUGAGACACCACGGCUGAGGUGUGCGACAUAUCUACCGAGAAUCUACAUUUCCGCACCCUUUCUUGUUCGGGUUGGACCGAGAUAAUCAAAGAAGGAAGCCAUGUCUGACUACACGGACUCUUUAACUGAUGUCUCCAGUGACAGCUUUUGGGAGGUUGGCAAUUACAAACGGGCGGUAAAGCGGGUGGAUGAUGGGAAUCGUCUGUGUAACGACUUGAUGAACUGUAUUCAUGAGCGAGCUCGCAUUGAAAAAGCAUACGCACAGCAACUGACAGAAUGGGCCAAACGCUGGAGACAACUGAUAGACAAAGGGCCUCAGUACGGGACAGUGGAGAGGGCCUGGUGUGCCCUGAUGACUGAAGCGGAGAAGGUCAGUGAUCUACACAUGGAGAUAAAGGGGGUUCUCAUGAGUGAGGACUUUGAAAAAGUCAAAAACUGGCAGAAAGACGCCUACCACAAGCAGAUGAUCGGCGGGUUCAAGGAAACCAAAGAGGCAGAGGAUGGUUAUCGCAAAGCACAAAAACCUUGGGCCAAGAAACUUAAAGAGGUGGACUUGAUGAAAAAGGCUUACCACACAGCCUGCAAGGAAGAGAAGCUGGCCACCAGCAGGGAGAACAACAGCAAGAUGGAGAGCAAUAAUCCAGAGGCCCAGAAAAAGCUCCAAGACAAAGUAGAGAAGUGCCAACAGGAUGUGCAGAAGACUAAGGAGCGCUAUGAGAAGUCUUUGGAGGAACUGGAUAAGGUAACGCCUCAGUACAUGGAGAACAUGGAGCAGGUGUUUGAGCAGUGGCAGCAGUUUGAGGACAAGAGACUCCGUUUCUUCAAAGAGGUCCUACUGGAUGUCAAACAACACAUUGACCUGUCUACAAAUCACAAGUUCCAGGAUGUAUAUCAGACGUUGGAGGACACAAUCCAGGCAUCUGACACACAGGAAGAUCUGAAAUGGUUUCGUGCCAACCAUGGCCCAGGCAUGCCUAUGAACUGGCCUCAGUUUGAGGAUUGGUCAGUAGACUUUAAUCGGUCGCUGAGUCGUAGAGAAAAAAAGAAGCCAAACGAUGAAGUAAUGCUUACAGGCAUCAAUCAAACAGGAGAACAAGCAGCCAAGACCAGUAACAGCUUGACUGUGCCCAGUAGCACAGGCUUAAACCCAUUUGACGACGAGGAUGACGAAGAGGAGACGCCAGAAGAGCGGCCCAACAGCAGCCCAGCCAGUGUGAAAAAAGAGGAAGUCGUUGCCAAAAUUACCACCAACGUACAGCAGACACGGGAUUUGUCAGAUGAGGAGUCUGGGAAUCCUUUCGCAGCAGACACCAAUGGAAACGGGAACCCGUUUGAGGACGAGCCAAGUUCUCCAACGGUCUCGGUUCCCGUACGAGCACUGUACGACUACGAUGGCCAGGAGCAGGACGAGCUGACUUUCAAAGCAGGUGAUGAAUUUAUUAAAAUUGGAGAGGAGGAUGAGCAGGGAUGGUGCAAAGGACGCCUAAAAGAUGGCCACGUUGGACUCUACCCGGCUAAUUACGUGGAGGACAUCCAGUGACCAGAGAGGAAAUGAGAAUAGUGGCAAGGAAGAAAGCAAGAUAAGGAGAAAGGAGGGGAAGGUGAGAAGCUGCCCUGAUGAGAAGCUGCUCACUAUUCCCCCCUUGUGGUGGAGGCUGGACCAACCGCUGCAAUAAUCCAAACUGUCUUUCCACCCUAAUUUUCUUGUAAAUGCUGCCCUUUUUUGAAGAUCCAAGAGCAGAUAAAUUGCCAAGAUCUCAUCACAGUGUUUUUUUUUUUUUUUUUUUUUUUUAGUAAAGACUGUAAACAAGAGAUCUGCACAAAAGGGCAGCAAGACGUGCUGUAUUUUAAUGAUCUUCAUAGAACACAUAUCAUCCUAUAUUUGACUAUGUUGAGUACAGUGUCAGACUUCCAGCAGUUUCCUCACAUCAAGUCUGUUCUAGAUUCUAGUUCUAAACCGAAAUAUAGAGCAUCUUGAGUUAGACAGUUUCCUGGGUUACUGUUUUCUGUGUUGCUCUCAUAUUGCUCAAGGUCAGGGAUACCUGCUUAGUUAAUAUUAAAUGUCAUCUGCUCAUUGGAAUGUUUCCAUAAGCAUUCCUUCAAAAAGCUAUAUUUUGGUAAUUAGCUUAUUGCCAAGACAUGCAGACUACAUAGUGAUAAUAUUGCCUAUUGUUCUAAAAGGGGGACAUCUUCAGAGUAUCUUUAUUUUUCAACACUGUAUCCAUUAGUGAUGCUUCAAAUGAAGUCUAGAGGUUUUAUUUUCGAACCAGAUUUUAUUAUUUUUACACAACAUAUAAGGGUUUUUUUUUUUUUAAAUAGUCAGGCUUGACCCUGAACUAAACUAGACCAAAGCCAGGCUGAAUGCUGGAGUAUCUUUUCAGCGAAGUGCUAAAGUGUGGUCAUUGUUCCAUGUGACUUGUGUGCUGUUCACCUUUUUUGCUGGUCAAGUCAGGAACGUUUUCACCUCUUUCACAAGAAAAGUUUGUUGCUUUUUUUUUUUUUUUUUUUUUUUUUAAACUAUUUUUUGUUUCAAAUAGUUUCAUAUUAUAUAGCUUAUUUGUUCUUGGGAAAGGUCUCUCACUUGAAGUCAUCAGCUUCAUUUUAACCUGCACUGGACACUUCACAGCAGAUACACAGAAGAAAAAUUGAAUGCUAUGUUAAAAUUUGUUACAAACACGAUGUCCACUCAUUCACUUAAAAUGUUUUACAUCAAGAAAGAGUAAUGUAAGGAAAAGAUGUAGUAGUGUGAUAGUAUUUGUGCAUGUAAAUUAUAAUGAACAAGAUGUUGUUGUUUUUUAAUAUGGGGGAACAUUACAAGUAAAAAAAAAAAUUAGACUUUUUUGAGACUAAUUUAUGAAAUGCCAUAAGUGCUUCAACCUUGGCUCCUGAAGAAAUGCUGUGAUUUCGAAUCAGAAUGUAUAUUAAGCAUUUAUGUAAUUUGAAUGUUAUGAAUUUAUCCUUUUGUUACUAUAUUUUAUUAUAUGAAUUUUAUUCCAUUCUUGCAGAUUAUGUUGUUAUUUAGACACAAUUAUCAAAUGUUAUUUUGUUUUGAUUUUGUUCUGAGAGUUUGUAUUUAGUAUUUUAUUACCACCUGCCAGUAAUAGCUGUGUCCUCAUAAGAGGCUGAACAUAUGAAUUUGGAAAGUAUCCGAGGUUUGUUAUUAAGAAGUAACAGAAGAUCUUAACAUAUCCAUUUGGUUUGUAAACCAGCAACCAUGCUGUAACACAGUACAUCCUGUUCAUUUUCUCACCUUGGCAGUUGGCAAAUAAAUGUUUUUAAAUGAGA